AAGACAGUCGGUCUAUCAAGUAGAGACCGGGCAUUAUCGAAGCCUCCCUGAGAGCCACUGUCUCCAGACUGGGUGAAUACAGGCGAUUGACAUCAGGGAUCCCCUCCAAGCCCCGCAAGUGUUUCGAGCUAUACAACCUGAGAUCUGAGAGACCCUCCUCUCAGACCUCAGACGACGGACCCAAUUUUCGGGCAGACCGGGAUCGGGAAUUAGCGAGGGUCCUGAGUUAACGCCGAAUAUUUUUGGCACAAUACAACAUAUCAACAUCAGUACUGCCGCUUGUGAACUCAGGUGUUUCAAUAUUGAACCUUGAACCAGUGGAACCCUGACCGGCCCCCACUGCGAUGAAAAGUGUUCGGGUCACAAAAUCUUUCUCAGCCAGGUCUGAUGCUGUAGAAGACUGUAGCUGGAGACCGUGGGCGAAACAGAACCAGAACAAGUACUACCGGUCUUCUACGCUCAUACGGGGCACAGGAAAAAUUCAUAGGAUAGGUCCAUAAUGGUGCAUAUUCACAUUGUGAACCUGGAUCCCUCAUUCGAUAGGAGUUGGCCUUGAUCCUGCUGAUAGCUUUAUGUGCAGUGGCGGCAUCCUUCCAGGACAUUUGGGUCUUUGGCGGCCGAACCCAAACGUUUUGCAACCUUUAUCGACUGCUCUAAACACAACUAUGAGUCUUGGCGCAGGAGCCCCUCGUGACCCUAUUGCUUUAGUUGGCAUAGCCGCUCAACUUCCCGGCGGGGAUUCUUCCAAUUGCAACCUCGAUCAUGUAGCCUUCUUUGAGUUUCUAAUGAAGGAAGGUCAGUCGUAUGAACGAAUCCCCCUAGAACGCUUCAACGUCAUGGAAUUGCAAGGCUCACAACCUGGGCGGAUUGUCGCGAAUCGAGCCUCAUUUCUCAAAAACAUCGAUGACUUUGACUAUCUGGAAUUCGGUAUCACAAGCAAGGACGCUCGCGCUAUGUCCGUUAGCACUCGUAAAUUGAUCGAGUUAUCAUUUAUCGCUCUCUUCGACUCGGGCAUUGACUAUCGAGGCCGCAACGUUGGCUGCUUCGCAUCUGGAAUCGUACAUGACGUACUAGGUUUGGGUGACAUGGAUGAAUUCGAAGCUCGAGGAUCGUUUGCCGGGAUACCUACCCAGAUAGCCAACAAGAUUUCAUAUCACCUGGACUUGGUCGGACCCUCUGUACCAACAGACACAGCUUGUAGCUCCACUCUUACUGCUAUGCAUCUCGCCGUGCAAUCCAUACGUGCCGGCGAUUGCGAAGCUGCUGUAGUGGGUGGAUGCCAGCUCAACCAGAGAUUCUUGGAUUUCGUGCAGUACACCCAAGGGGGAGUACUUGCUCCGGAUGGAAAAUGCAAGCCUUUCGACGCUUCUGCUGACGGGUUUUCUCGCAGCGAAGCUGCUGUAGUGGUAGUAAUUAAACCCCUUGAAGAUGCCAUGCGAGACGGAGAUAAGGUCUACGCUACUAUUCUUGGAACAGGUAUCAAUUCAACGGGUUCCGCUGCUCCGGAAAAUGCGCCCGUAGGUCUCGCACAAGAAGAUGCAAUGAGCAGGGCGUACAAGCAAGCUGGCCGCCAGCCGGCAGAAGUGGAUUAUAUAGAGAUGCAUGCUACAGGGACUGCGCUGGGAGACCCCACAGAGGCGAAUUGGGUCGGCCGAGGUUUCAAGAGGGAUGUCUUUGACGACAGUCCUAUACUCGUGGGGAGUGUUAAAGGUAAUAUCGAACAUACCGAAAUCGCUGCCUUCCUGACUUCGCUCUGCAAAGUUAUUGGCGUCUUCGAGAACGGUGUCAUUCCUCCAAACGUUAAUUUGCAACGCCUCAAUCCCGCCAUCCGCUGGGAAGAAUAUAAACUGCAUGCACCUGUCACUGCUACACCAUUGCCGACGCAUGGAAAGCACGGAAGGUCUUUGAUUUCGAUCGCGAGCUCUGGAAUUGGCGGCUCAAAUGGUCACUGUGUAAUCGAAGCACCCCCUCGACGAGUUGUUCAUGAUUUCAAAGGCUCUUUCAAAAGCAUGCCUGUUCUCUUGGUGGUUGGGGGGCUCUCGCCUCGUGCGAUUACAGUGUUAUGUGACUCGAUUUCGAUGUUAGUAAAAGAACAUCCGUCGGAAGCCGCAGCCCUGUCAGUAAAUUUGGGCAGACGGGUACGACAGAUGACUUGGCGGAGCUUUGCCGUUGUCGACCCAACAGCGGAUGAUAAGAUAACAUUUACCCAACCGCUUCUGACCACUCGAACCAAACCUGGGCUUGGAUUCGUUUUCUCAGGUCAGGGUCCUCAGCAUCUUCACAUGGGCCGGCAACUGUUUCGGGACUUUUCUGUAUUCCGAGAAAGUGUUCUGGCAAUGGAUGCUGUCUAUACCAAAGUGGUUGGCACUUCUCUCAUCAAGUCGACGGGGCUCUUCGAUACCACAGGCGGCGACUCAGCCUUGCCGGACAUAUGGCCCAUCAAUAUUAUUCUGCCCUCCAUUGCUAUCAUCCAGGUCGCGCUCAUUGAUCUUUUGAGGUCAUUCAGUAUUGCAGCUGACUUUGUUCUGGGUCAUUCUGCUGGAGAGACCGCAAUGUUAUACGCAUGUGGUGCCGCUUCAAGGGAGAUGACAGUGGAACUCUCGAUUGCCAGAGGGCAGGCACUUGCAUUAACAGAAUUGCUGGGUGCUACUAUGGCGGCACUCUCGUGUGGGCCAUCGAAAGCCGAGGAGCUUCUAUCGAAAGUCCUCUCAAAGCAUCCACGCGGGACUCUAGAGAUCGCAUGUUACAACACGGAUGAAGCGGUCACCGUUGCGGGCUCUGUCAAGCUGAUCGAGGAACUCAUCCAUCUGUGCAAGUCAGAGAGCAUUUCUGCUCAAAGGUUGAGAACCAACGUUGCAGUCCAUUCUUCAGCGAUGGAUCACUGCGAAGCUCAGUUCCGGUCGUUCAUUAAUGACGUCUUUGAUAGGCACACAGGCGGUUUCCUGGAGCCAAAUGGUGUACAAGCAUACUCCACUGUUUCUGGCAAGAGAUUCGACGACACAUUCAAUGCAGAGUACUUCUGGAAGAACACUCGCCAACCGGUCCUUUUCUCUAAUGCUAUGGAGGCAAUAGUCAACGAUUACGCUGACAGGCCCGUCACUAUCAUAGAGAUCGGCGCACAUCCGGUAUUGUCCUCGUACAUCUCUUCCUUCAGACCAGACAACAUGACUGUCCUUUGUCCAAUGCGUCGUACCAAAACAAUCACUCUCUAUCACGAAUGUAGCAUUCUCCUUCGAGCCAUCGGUGGACUUGUAACAGCUGGUCACAAUAUCGUUCACUUCUCUGCGCUCAACGGCAACAUCGAUCACCUUCUUUCAUUUACUCUUCCAUCUUAUCCAUUUCUACCAAGGCAUGUGCCGUUGUUUUCCAAAUGGAUGGGCCAACAAAAGGUCCUCAGUGGUUGUAAUGGGCCUUUGAAUCACCGACGACUCAGGAUGAACUUUGCUACUCACCCAGACCUCGCGCAACAUGUCAUGAACGGAGAACCUAUUGUGCCUGCUACAGGUUUCCUCGAAAUGGCGAUAGAGUUCGGAGCGACGGUCCUGUGGAAUGUCAAAUUUCACUCUUUCCUAUCGCUAUCUCAAGACGAACCCAUACCCGUUAGUGUCACUCUGCAGGGCACACAUUGGACUGUCUCUAGUGCGACUAGUGUGGACCCAGCCAAGACAACGCGACUGCAUGCGGAAGGGCAUCUCUCUCUCGAUUCCUUUUCACAUCAUCAAACGCCUGUCGACAUCCCUGCAAUUCGAGAACGAUGUCAGGAAGUCAACACCAACGGGUUUUACGAUGAUCUACGAUAUUUUGCUCAAUACGGACCGUGUUUCCAAUUGAUCAAGCGAUUCCAUCGUGGAAAUGAAGAAUUUUUGGUCGAGGUAGAUGCCGGGCGGGAUAAUCUUCCCAGUGUUGAUGGCUAUCGCAAGCAGUACCGACUCGAUCCCGCCAUUUUGGAUGCCUGUCUUCAUGUCAUCGUCCAUCCCCUAAUCACCGGUACCACGGAUCCGUCGGCGUAUUACCUCCCAUCCGGAUGUGGUCGGCUGUUUUUAUACAAUACCGCUGAACUAUUCACGGAUCGUCUGUUUGCCUAUGGUUGCAACGGAAAGUGGACGCCAGAAACGAUUUCGUACGAUAUCCUUAUUGUGAACUCUGAGAACACGCCGAUAUGUACGUUCCGAGAGAUGACAGUCUCGCUUCAUGCCCCAAUCAAGGAGAUCGCGAAACGUUACGACAUGAUCUACGAGCCUAUUGCAUCACUCAAAAUUCCAGAUGCAUGUAUGGUCGAUAGCGAACGCUCGUUGAGUGUUUUUCCGCAUUCAUUACAGGAGAGCUUUAGAAGAUCACUUUGUCUCACGUUUCAACCCGGGGAAGAGUGCCACUCAGUUCAAAGAGCACUCAGGAGGGCAGAUCUCACCAACCUCUCUGGUUUGUGGAUAUUUGCCAGUACUGGUUAUUGUGCUGGAGCGGCAGCAGGAUUUUCUCGGGCACUUCGUCGCGAAGUCAUGUGCCCUGUCCGCCUGGUGGCGUUCGAAAUAGACUGGGCAGAAGACCAUAAAGAACUCAUCGCUAUGCAUCUCCUAGCAUCGGGUAUCAAAGAGGAGGAAGUCGUUGUAACACCAGUUGGUGUUGUUCUGGUGCCCCGCUUACGUCCUAUGGAUGCACCACGCGCUACUGUUCCUUUUGAUCCCAGCGCGCGUUGGUGCCUUGAGAAUACCAACGGUGGAAUGUCUCUCAUACAUGCUUCAAUGCCGAUUCUCAAUUCUAAUGAGGUUCGCAUACGCAUCCAACGUGUAUUUCACAACUCACAGGAGACCAGAAUGUGGAGCUUCGUAGGCUGCACAGACGCCGGGGCUUCUGUGGUUGCUAUCACAGGUAGUUUGCUCAGUAACGUCGUCUCCACUCCGAGAGGUCACAUCCUCGCUGUUCCUCAUGACUAUCCAUUACCCUUGGAACAGGUUGCGAUAUAUGCCAUCCCAGCUGUCAUCCUAUCCCUAACGUUUGAAUCGCGUGCGCAAGAACCAGAAAGCCUAAAGGGUGUCACAGUUUUGCUGACACAUGCCGAUACUGUCCUUGGUUCACUCUUGACCGAGCUGUUGCAGCGUUCCGGGGUACAUCUUCACCGCCUCGAUCGUACCGCUCCACUCUCGGAUGUAUUGAAUAUCAAGCAAAAGCAUUUCGACUUUGUCAUAAGUGGACACACCAACCCCGCCAUAUGCGAUGUUAUCCAUAAUCUCUACGCAACAGCAGAGUCGUUAUGCUUCUGGAAUAGUGAGAUGGAUGGCCUUCACAGUCUUCUGCACAAAAGGCAACAUCUGAUCAGCCGCGCUUUACAAUCGGCCAUGCAAUGGUUGCCUUUCACUCCUUCAUCGACUGUUGACUGCCCCAUGGUCGAUGCUAUUUUCAUCCAUCAUCAGUCGUCCAAUGUCUUGCCCGAUCGAAGUCUUUUGUUCUAUUCCAACAAAGCUUACCUGUUAAUCGGGGGCAUUGGCAGCCUCGGCUUGCAAAUUGCGUCAUGGAUGUACGAGAAUGGCGCUCGCUAUCUCAUCCUAACUUCCCGUUCUGGUCGCGAUUCACUUGUGCGAGCGACUAACAUGCCAGCAUUAAGAACACUGAAGUAUCUGGAGGGAUUGUCCGACUUGACUCUUGUCUUGUCAUCUUCUGACGCCGCCAAUGUAGACGACACUCGCAAACUCAUCGAUACCCUCGCGGUUCCUGUGGCAGGCUGUAUGCUUCUAGCAGCAGUACUUGAAGACAAACCCUUUGAUACACAAACACAAGAAAGCUUUUCGCGCGUUUUUGCUUCAAAGAUUGGGGCGUACAACGCCUUGAACCAAGCUUUGGAUGUCAGCAAACUUGACUUUCUGAUCGGCUUCACUUCGAUAUCAGGAAUGUUUGGUAACGCGGGUCAAACCAACUAUGCUAGCGCGAACACCGCACUCGAGUUCUUGCUUCAACAACAUGAUAAUGCGUUCUGCAUUGUUACACCGAUGAUACUAGACACUUCUAUUGCUUUCGGUGACAUAACGGAAAGGACAGCUCGAAACACGAAAGUGCGUCAUAUCGCUGAAUGGGGAGUUUCAUCCAGAGAUUUGUGUAGGUUUAUUCAAGACGGACUUCGUAAACUGAAGGAUGGGGCAUUUUCGCUCUAUGUCCCAGAUAUGAAUUGGCACUCAAUACGUAAUCGAAUGGGUGUCUCUCCGUUUUUCGCACACCUGGUACCCCAGGACACAGGGCCUCACGCAGAUUCUGUCCAAGCUAGUUCACCAUCAGAAUCAGUGCUUCAGGUUCUCCUCAACGCAUUAGAACUGUCGGUGGAGGAUUUCUCUCCUGAAGUUCCUCUGACAGCUUACGGAUUGGAUUCACUCUCUGCCCAACGCGUCGUUUCGAUGCUUCGACCUCUUGUACGUAUAACCCAACUUCAGCUCUUAGCUGACAUGACCUUCAACGACAUCAUUACACGAAUAAAUUCAUCUCCUCCGGCGACCGUUGAAAUGUCCCCCGAGUCGUUCUCCAUUGACUGGGAAGAAGUGGCUAGUUCUGACAAACUCAUUGUCAAACUGCGAGACGGGGAUGGAGUACCCAUCUUUCUAAUCCCUGGAACCUCCGGUAGAGUCGAUAUAUUCACUCAUAUCAGCGAUGAGUUCACUUCACCGGUGUACGGCAUUCAAAUGACGUCUACCACUCCCGAAACUCUCCCGAAACUUGCAGAAUUUUACUUUAUGAACAUCAAGACUACCCAGCCUCGUGGACCGUACCGUCUUGGUGCCUUCUGUGGUGGUAGCAUCACCCUCUUUCUCUUGGCCGAGAAAAUUCUCCAAGCUGGAGACGAUAUUCAGCAAAUGGCCUUGAUCGAUGGUUUUCCUAUGUUCUAUGCGUCUCCUGUUUGGGAGAUUGAUCAGAUUACCGUACAUGAAGGAAAGGCAAGCGAGGAUUUGGAACGACGCAGCAUUGACUUCCUCAUUGACCUUUAUCUCAACGAGCCAUCCUCUGUAGUUGGGCACAACUACACGCGCGUUGCAGAGGAGACGAAAAAGGCAAUGAAUGGGGAGAGGGUUGGUCCCGCUAUGAGAGACAGGUUUAGGAACAUAAUGCAUUCGGUUCGGGCACACGGCAAGUUCAUGACGCGUUUCGCAAACUCGUCCGAAACAUUCGAUGCUCGUCUAGUGCGACAGCGAUUGGCCGACUGGAUAUCCACCUUUAAAUUUCCGAUCACCCUCUACUUGGCAUCCCACGGAUUGCGAAGCCUUUAUCCCCGUCAGAGUUCAGAAUGGGAUAACCUAGGCCUGGAACUGUGCAAGUUGAACCUAUCUGUCAAGUUUUUCUCGUCCGGCCAUUUCGAGUUGUUGUCCAACAAGGAGUUCAUAUCCCAGUUAGAUCGGGAUGGUCGUUUGAGCGAGGGAUGAUCAUUCAAUCAGAAAUGUUGUUGGUAUGUAUUAGAAACUACCCCGAAACAUCCUGAACGGUUGCUAGGGUGCCAGAAAUGACUGUCUUCUACCCAGUCUUUUUCGUUCGCUAGUGGCAAAUACAGUUCCCUAAGGGCCCGCAAAGAAUGAUUGAAUUAAAAUUUAAUUCUCACAAAUUCUACUCUACCCUUGUGUCCCGAAUCACAUCCUUCCAUUCAUCAACAACGUUUAACAAUACCUUGCAUUUAUUCCGUAUCGCUUCUUCCGCUUCAAUACUCAAUGGCAAGUACAAAGGCCAUGGCUUUCCAGCAGCACGACCUUCCCCACGAACAACAUCGACAAGAAUCUCCAUAGCUUUGACCGGAUCGUUGGGUUGCUUCCCGUCAAACCAUUUAACUUGUUGAUCUGUCCGUUCCCUAGCUUCGUCGUAUUCGGGUAUAUUGUUGUGCGUGCUCAUGGGUAGGGACAGCAUCCCCUCCGUCCUGAAUGGACCGGGCUCUGCAAUGAGAACUCGGAUGGAAAACGGGGCCACCUCUACAGCCAGGGUCUCUCCGAGAACUACAAAGCAGCCAUAUAUGAAGUGAAUUGUCUGGAAUCAGGUCUAAGGAUCAACAUGCCUCGUACAGCCGCUUUAGACGCCGAGUAAUGACCUACGACAAAGAUAAGAAUGUCCUUCUGAU